AUGUCGCGGAAUCAGGAAAAGGCGCAGUCUAUGCUGUACCGUUUUCGGCAGGCACAGGCCGAAGAGCUGGGUGUGUCGUCGCGGAGGCAUGAGCGGCGUCCGAAGGUGAUUACGACAGUGAAUAGCGUACGAGACUGCGACCGAUGGCGCGGCGAAGUGAUGCGUGAGAUUACUCGCAAAGUCGCGCGGAUCCAGGAUCCAGGCCUCACAGAUUAUGAAGUGCGGGACCUCAACGAUGAGAUCAAUCAUCUCUUUCGUGAAAAGACACAGUGGGAGCGGCAGAUCGCUGCGCUCGGCGGUGCGAACUAUCGCAGCGGCGUACCCCGCAUUUUGGAUGAUCACGGUGAAGAAAUCCCAGGCAUGCGUGGCUACCGCUACUAUGGGCGCGCGAGAGAGCUGCCUGGUGUGAAGGAGCACUUGAAUCCCGUGGCGCUACAGGAGGAGGAAGGCAAGGAGUCGAUCAAGGUGCAGCGUUACAAGCGAUUCCAGCACCAGCCGGGCCCGUACUUUGGGAACGACGAUGAAAAAGACGGGGGCGUGCUUUUGGGCGAGGAGAGGCAGAGCGAGCAGCGCGGCUGGGAUGCGGGAUGGGAGCGUGUCCAUGCGGCGCUCGGCACGUCCCGGCCCGUGCCGCCGAUGCCCCAGCCCGAGCCGGUGGUGCUGGAUUUGGACGCCGCAGCCUCCGACGUGCUAGCUCAGCCGAGGAAGGAGGCCCAGCGCGAGACGCAAGAUACCCCUGAGACCGAUGCGAGGCGCUACAUGCCCGCGCUGCCAGCCGAAGAGCUCGUCAUGCCUGUGAUGCCGGGACGCAAAGAUAUGGAAGCGUUUCUGCUGCAGUCGAAAAAGGCUGCGCUUCGUAGAGAGUAUGGUGUACAUUAA